UGAAUCCCUGAAUUCUCUGUCACUUGCCACUGCCAAUCCCUCAAAUCACAAACAUCGAAGAGAGAGAAGUUUAAAAAACACAGGAAAAGGCCGACUGUUGAAGAAGACAGCUAGAGAGAGAAAGAGAGAAGUUAAAAUAAAAGCUUGGGGAAAUAAGUCAAGGAAUGGGGAACAAUUCUAGAGAGAGAGAAACUGUGGAAAAAUUUAAUUAUCAGAUUUGGUAAAGAAACCUGGAGAAAAAAAGUGAAGCAAAAACUUGACAGAACCAGGAAAAUGUUAGGGAACCUAGAGAGAGAAAGGAUGAAACACUAAUAAAGAAAACUAAGGAUCAACGCUGGAAAAGGGAAAAGGGAAAACGGGGAGAUGGGUUUUCUCGCUCGUCUAUUUUUAGAGAGAGAAAGUGAGUAAAGCUGGUGUUUUGACGAAUAUUUUACAGAGGCAGUGGCGGUGGUUAAUCAUUCAAGGGCUCGGUUACUGAUGCAGGCGUGGAUAUAAAUACGAAACCUUCGCUAUUUUCUCUCUCUUUUUUCCCCAAAGUUUUCAGCUUUCUGGUUCCAAUGGCCAGAGCCCUUAUAUGAUUUGAUUCUCUGCUUCAGAGCCCCAGAAAUGGUAGCCCCUGAAUCCAUUACAAAACCCCAAUCAAACCACUUCAAGUAAAGCUCCAAUGGAGGUUAGUACUGAAUAUAGGAUCAAGUCUCUUAUCGCUAUGCUCUAUUUCAUUCCUCAUUCUCCCUGUUACUUGGUUUUCUCUUGCCACUUUUACUGACUUAUCUCUUUCUCUCUCUCUUUCCAUUCUAUGUGACUUGUUGUAUUCAUUCCUUGAAAGGCUCUUUAACUGAUUUUGGUUCUUACAACAAUUGGGUUUCUCUCUCCUUGUUGAUUGCUUCAAGAAUUCAUCAUCCUAUUACUGUGCAAUAGCUCUCUCUCUCUCUCCUACCUCCUCUCUCUUUCUCUCUCUAGGGUCAGUUAUCGCUUCCAAGCAACAUAUUUGUUGUUUUACCUUGCUGAGGUUUGAUUCUUACGCUUUUCAGUGAGGUUAAACGCUUUCUCUCUUCUGCUCAUUACUGCAAUAAUUCAUAAUCUGCACUGCACUCACCUUCUUUCUCCUCCCCUCUCCUGUCUCUCUCUCUAGAUAUUCAAGACGAUAGAUUCUCUGGUUGUUUCUUUUCACUGUUCUGAAUCCAAACUCUCCUAAACGAGGUUAAAAAACUAUGGUCACCUUUCUCUCUCCUCGUGGUUACCACAAAAAUUCAUCUCUUGAUCAAGUCAGAACAGCACAUUCCCCUGAUGAACCCUUACAUUCUUGAGUUGCAUAGCUGAAUUGAAUGCCAUUAAGUCCUUAGUGUCAUUUGUUGGUGUGUUAAAAGACUGUGAUCUUUGCUAAAAACUAGUUGAUUUGAACUGGUAUUCUUGCCAUUGUUUCUAAGAGGAACAUGGAUUCAAGUGAUAAAGAUAAAUUUGGGUUAGACAAGGGAAACACUGAUCACUUGGACUAUCCAAGCUCCACAGCUCCUCCUAUGUGGAGAUUCCCAAUCCCACCUUUAAACAUGGUCUCCUCUGAUAACCCCCACAUAUGGGAUUCUCACUCUACAAUGGCACACAAUCUGACAUUCCAUGAAAACAGCUUGCAAACCAGUAGCUCUAGUCUUAAUGCCACAGCCAUGAGAGAAAUUGUUAGUGGUUCCCCCAAAUUGGCCACAGAGGGAGAAAUUGGUGUCGAAAGAGGUUUCGAAAUGGGUUGGAACCCCUUGAAUUCUAUGCCGAAGGGUGGUCUUUUUAUUCCAACAGGGGGCCCAAUUGCCCCUCAAACCCUAGCCCAAUUUUCCACUGAUUCUGCAUUUGUGGAAAGAGCGGCUCGGUUCUCUUGUUUCAAUGGAAAUUUCUCUGAUAUAAUUACCCCUUUUAGUGUUCCUGAUGUUAUGUCGUAUACAAAAAAUGGGGGGCUUCAAAAUCAAAUGCCUGAAAUUUUGAACCAUAACACAGUUACAUUGGCCUCUAAUGGUGCUCAAACUGAGAAUAACAAAAUGGACGGUGCAGAGGCUUCUAGAGAAAUAAGCAGUUCUAGGCCUCUUGAUACUUCAAUUGAGGCUUGUGAGACAAAUUUUGGAGGCAUGUUAAUGGCUUCAGCACAAAAGAAUGGUGAUGAAGAGAGAGAGGCAAUUGGGGCGACGAAUAAUGAAUCAGAUGGUGCGGAGUUUAGUGGUGGCCAAGAUGAGCGACCAUCGAGCGUGGAGAAUGCUUCCAUGUCAAGGACUUUAAAGAAAAGGAAGAGGAGUACUCAGGCUGAAGACCAAAUGGAAGGUGCCUUAAAUGCAUCUUCAGACAUCCCUAAUGAAAGUGUAGAUGCUAAAUUAAGUGGUGAUCAAAACCCAAAUCCUAAUGCUAGUAAAUCCGCUGCAAAACAAGAGAAAGAUCAUUCCCAAAAUCCUGAUACACCCAAGGAAGAUUACAUCCAUGUUAGAGCGAGAAGAGGCCAGGCCACAAAUAGCCAUAGUCUUGCAGAAAGGGUGAGAAGAGAGAAGAUUAGUGAACGCAUGAAAUUCCUUCAAGACCUUGUUCCUGGAUGCAAUAAGGUUACUGGCAAGGCAGUCAUGCUUGAUGAGAUCAUAAACUAUGUACAGUCUCUGCAACGGCAGGUCGAGGUACUAUCAAGAAGUUUCAGAUGUAUAGGAUACCCAUUUUCCAAUUUCCGAUCAUCA